UGUAGUGCAGCAGCGUGUGUCAGUGCACACACAGCAGAGACCAACACAAGCAUGCCGUGCGAUUCUUUUGUCGCGACCACGUUCCUCGUCCUUUGCUGCGCCGGUCCCCACACGACAAAUGGAUUUCCAUCAGCUCCCGCGCCAGGCUUGUUCGGAAGAAGCACGCCUAACGGCCUUGGAUCGUGGAGGGUGGAGUCGGUGUUGGACACCCAGAAGCCCAACAGCAUGUUCGUGUUUCUGUUCGACGACGGAUCAGUGCACACGGCCGUGAGCGGGACUGACGGGAAGGACGAUCACGCGGGGCGCUGGCGCGUGCGAGGAAACGAGUUCUCCCUCACGGUCAACCGAAAGUCACAGUCCAGAUUUCUGGACGACCUCAAGUACGUCGGCGUGCUGAAGAAGUUCAGCUCUGUCGUGGAAGGGAGCGUGAUCGAGGGACAGAUGGACCCUGCGGUGGUCGGGAAGUUCAAGAUGACGCCGGUGGAGUCCUCCAUGGCGUCGGACCUUAAAAAGGCCGCCGAGGCGAACGAUUCGGCCAAGUACGUCGCCCCCAAGUACUCAAAGGCGGCCAUCGCGGGAGACUGGGUCCUGAUGUGGCAGGACACCGGAGCUGUGUUCCGCCUUCACCUCGGGGAGGACCUCCAGUUCGAGAGCCUGAAGGGGCUGGGGAGUGGCCAGCUAGGAGGGAGGUGGAACCUCUGGGGAACUGAAAGGAUGUUCAUGACGGUAGUCCGCUCCAAGAGCCACGGCGUACAGAUGCACGGGGACCACAUGUUUUGGGGAACUAAGCUUGAGGGUCCGCCCGAUUCCAAGAUCCCUUUGAAGAUCAGCGGGUACGUCAUGUACGGCUUCCUAGAGCCUACUUGCGUCGGGCGCUUCAUCAUGCGACGUAGCCAAGAAGGGCGAACAAGCGAUGAGGACACAAGCGGCAUUCUUACCUAG